AAAUUCUAAUACGUCUCAAUUUUUAACUUGAAAAUUUCUAGCAGAAAGGGAACAAGACAAAAUAAGAGUGGUUUAGAGUAUCCUUAUAGAUUGUGAUGAGAAUACUCUUUGUUGAAUGAGCAAUGAAUGGGUCCUCUUGCUUGUAUAUAUAUAAAUAAGAGGAGACUUUGGGCCUAUUGACCAUCUCUGUGGUUAACCUGGAGAAAUGGAGAUUGAGGUGCUUCACAGGAGUGACCUCGGCGGUUCCCUCCCGGUCAAAAACGUCCAAGCUCUCGCGUCCAAGGGCCUGAAGGAGGUUCCGUCUCGCUAUCUACGGCCCGCAUCUGAACUCGGCGAAGUCUGUGAUACCGAGUCUCUCGAGAUUCCUGUCAUAGACAUGAUCAAGCUCGGUGAGGAUCACCCCGACCACAGUGACGAAAUCGAGAAGUUCCAUUGGGCUUGCAAGGAAUGGGGCUUCCUCCAGUUGAUAAACCACGGCAUAUCGGAAGAGUUCAUUCAUCAAGUGAAGACAAAUACAGAGGAGUUCUUCAAGCUGCCAUUAGAAGAGAAGAAGAAUUACGAGCAGCUACCUAACUCCAUCGAAGGCUAUGGCCAAGCUUUUGUUGUGUCGGAAGACCAGAAGCUUGACUGGAGCGACAUGCUCCUCCUUUUUGUACAACCUGCUUCCCAGAGAAACCUCAGGUUUUGGCCAAAGAACCCUGCCUCUUUCAGAGCAACCCUGGACAGUUACUCCUCAGAGUUGGUACGGAUUUCACUUUUCCUCCUGAGAGCUAUGGCCAAGAACCUAGGACUUUCUCCGGAUGUGCUUGCAAGCAUGUUUGAAGACGGGAUACAAGGGAUAAGAUUAAACUACUAUCCACCGUGCAAGCAAGCAAACGAGGUCCUGGGUCACACCCCACACUCUGAUGCCACCGGACUAACCCUGCUAACUCAAGUAAAUGAUGUAGAUGGAUUGCAAAUCAAGAAAAAUGGUAAAUGGCUACCUAUAAAACCUGUUCACAGGGCAUUCAUCGUCAACGUAGGCGAUAUCAUCGAGAUAAUGAGCAAUGGACAGUACAAGAGCAUAGAACAUAGAGUAGUGGUGAAUCCGGAAAAGGAACGCCUCUCAAUUGCUGCGUUUCACAGUCCAAAUAUAGAAGCUAUGAUCGGCCCAUUUCCAGAUCUUGCCGGAAAGAGCGGUGCGCUGUACAAAACAACAAGUCACGAGGAUUACAUGAGGCUAGUUGUCGCGAGCAGACUGGACGAAGAACGCCAAGAAGACUGCAACAAAAAUCAGGAGUCUCAUUCGAUGUCGGCACACACAUCAAUCAGUGUAGAAACACCACAAUGCUACAAUAGCGGGAUUGACAGAUGGAUGAAAUCCUCACGAGACCUCCCCAAGAAUUUACUUUUGACUCCCAUUACACCCAAUUCGAGACUCUCCAUUAGAGAGAGUCAUCACACCCAUUUCGCUCCUCUGCAUGAUCUAAAUAACACCAGUCAAAAGCAAAGACAGAGAAAGCAGAAGUCAACAUUAUUCAGAGAACAGCUGCAAAGGGCGCACGGUAACGGAUAAAUAGGAAGAUCAGCUGCGCAUAAUUACAGGAAAUUUUCAAAUUUUCAUUCUCGUAUAUGCAUAAGCGAAGAAUUUGAGCUUGUCCGACACAAAGAGAACAAAACCAAAACGAAAAAAGACACCAGUAUUGUCCAAAGACAUCGAAGCGAAGAAUGCAAGCUAAGAAUAUCCAUGCUUUGGCAAUCAUGCCCGAGCGCCGAAGGAGAAAUCAUCUUCGCCACACCAAGCAUCAUCAUCAGAAUUGAGAGAGCUCAUGAAUGCCUGGAUAAUCAAGAAGCCGACCCUUGUGCACAUCCAAACACACGAGAAGAAGAAGAAGAACAAAAGGCUCGAUCCGAUGCUUCUCUCUUCGGCUCAGUUUGGUUCCUUUAAAUAAAUUUGAGACGAGCUUAAGAAAGCAGAUGUAUGCAUACCAUUUUUGGGUCUUGCUUUGCCUGUUAACUUAAUCGGGAGAAAAGAAAAUAAGAAUCGUCAUCGACAGUUUAUAUU